AAAAAGAUCGAGUUCAAAUAUGUGUUUAAAAUAUGUCUCAUUGUUACUCAGUGUAGCAGAAAAUAAUCGUUCCGAUUAUAUAAACAAUUAACGAAUGACUUCAUGUAAAGUCUUUCCCAUGUACUGAUAUUCAGAGCUGCAGUUUAGUGUAAGAAGUCUACAUAUGUGAGGAACAGCUGAUUUCCACACUGUUUGCUGUCUCGGUCGAACCUGAUUUGCCAACCUGCUGAGGCUGUUAACACAUAAGCAGAUUUAUCCGGUUAAGCCGUUGCCUUCUGAUUCGUCCACUUUGCACAGCUACCCCUUCAGUAGCGAGCAAUUAUCAGAGAAUCCACAUUUGACAGCCGGUCAAAUUUGAAGAAAUGGUUCCGAAGGGCUGGUAACGUGGUUACAUCGAGCGGUGUGGCUUUGCGCAUCGGUUUCAGUGCGCACACUGGAUGCGCGUCCACGGAGAACAACUUAGCCCGACUUCAUCUGGAAACCUUCUGCUUUCCUUAACGGCUUAUAGAUGAAAACUACCCUGGAGGAAACUCUUCGUAGGACAAGGAGCCCGUCAGUCUGCGGCGCACGGCGCAACACCGGCGACCAUGUCGGACAACUUCACGGAUUUUAACAACGACACCCUGCCGGCGGCCGCCGUCACACAUUUAAACUUCCCAGCUCUCAUUUUCGGGAUUUUCUUGAUCAUCGUCGUCACCUGUGGAAAUGUGCUCGUGUGUAUAAGCGUUUACUUGGAGAAAGCUUUAAAAACCACUACAAACUACUUUAUAGUGAGUCUGGCAUUUGCAGACCUGCUGCUGGCGGUGCUGGUUCUCCCUCUCUUCGUUUACGCAGAGUUUCAGGGUGGAGUCUGGUCCUUAAACAUGCUGAUGUGUGAUGGCCUGAUGACCAUGGAUGUGAUGCUGUGCACCGCAUCAAUAUUUAACCUCUGUGCUAUCAGUGUGGACAGGUUUAUUGCCGUGUCCAUUCCACUAAACUACAACCGCAAACAUGUGGACCAUCGUCAGAUCAUCCUGCUAUCUGCCACCUGGCUGCUGGCCUUAGCAGUGGCCUCGCCUGUCAUAUUUGGCAUCAACAACGUACCUAACCGUGAUCCCACAGAGUGUAAAUUGGAGGACAACAACUAUGUGGUGUAUUCCUCAGUCUGCUCCUUCUUCAUUCCUUGCCCCAUCAUGGUCCUGCUCUACUUUGGGGUUUUCCGCGGGCUGCGUCGCUGGGAGGAGACCCGUAAGGCCAAACUACGAAGCAGCAUCGAGGCCUGCAGGAAGCUGCAGCACGCCGCCAUCACCACGACCCUCGCCCCAGUGCCGGGCACCAUCCCUGGACCUCUGCCCAUGCCUCUGCCCAGGAUUAUUGAGAGAGAUCUAGCCCAGUCUCGCAUGGAUGAUUCUGGCGACUACAUACAACAGGAGAUUCCUUAUCCACGGCAGUACAGAGAGAACUCGGUGCCGACGCUGACCUUCAGCCAGCAGCAAAUGAAGACGAGAGCCAAGCUCAACAGCAGGGAGAGGAAAGCUAUGAAGGUCCUGCCUGUCGUAGUAGGUGAGUGCCUUUAUUGGUGAGCCAGCAGCACCCGAGGACCGUUAGUGUUACCAAGCUUUAGUCCAAAUCAGUGUUUUACAACUCUGGGUGGAUAGUUGACAGAAGCAGCGCUGCUGUGAUAACCUGCACUGUAGGAUUUGAUCUGUAGCUCCUCUGCCUGCUGUCGAAACACGUUGACCUAAGUGUUCCUGUUAUUUCUAGCAGGCUUUUCGCUGUCGCUCGGUUUACGUUCAUUCAUCCGUUCAAUCAUUCACAUCAAUGAUUCGAGUCCACAGGAGGUUUGUGUUGUGAUCGCUAAAAAGGGAGACGAAUCAGAGUUUCCUGAGCUCAUUUCCUGUUGGUCAGCUGGCAUCAGAAACGUUUUGGGAAAAGCAGAAAGCAGCGUGUCACAGUUCUCUUAUGAUGCCUCCGUCCAAGCACGCACGAGCUGUGCUGCAACCUCAGAGGCUGCAAAUGAAGCUGACAUAAUUCUGGUGUAAGCCGAAAAGCCUCAAGUAUAAAUGAAAUCAAGUUAAAACUGAUUUAGGACAC